CUCUCUCUCUCUCCUGUAUUAGGCUUCCUUCAACCAGUGGUUUAAACAGAAUAGAGAGCUUGUUUCAUGCGAGAGCUGAUAGAGAAAGAUAGAUAGAGAAAGAAACCAAUCUCAAGAUCACGAGCUUUCUUUCUUCUUUCUUCGUUAUCGUCUUUGAACUGAAUCAAGAAAAAAGACAGCGAUCAAACAAAGGAACAAAAGGAUCUCAAGAAACCCACUUGUUGUUGGUUCAAGAUUUCACGGGUCUUAAAAUCUCUGUAAAGUCUCUUUCCCACACACCCAUAACUUUCAUCAUCAUCAUCAUCAUCGCCACCCACUACUCUUUCUCAAUUUCAACGGCUUAAAUUCCUCCACGUUACAGUCUCUCAUUUCCUCAGAUGUAAAAUGUCGAGUCUCUGUUAGAUAUCUCCCAGAAAACCUGAUCUGAUCUUAAGCUAAGACAAACUGAAGUCGCAGAGAGACAAGAAUGGAUCGACCAGCAGUGAGUGGACCGAUGGAUUUGCCGAUCAUGCACGAUAGCGAUAGGUACGAGCUCGUCAAAGAUAUUGGGUCCGGUAACUUCGGAGUUGCGAGGUUAAUGAGAGACAAGCAGAGUAACGAGCUUGUUGCUGUCAAAUAUAUCGAGCGAGGUGAGAAGAUAGAUGAAAAUGUGAAAAGGGAGAUAAUUAAUCACAGGUCCUUAAGACAUCCCAAUAUAGUAAGAUUCAAAGAGGUCAUAUUAACACCAACUCAUUUGGCUAUUGUUAUGGAAUACGCAGCCGGAGGAGAACUCUUUGAGCGUAUCUGCAAUGCAGGCCGGUUCAGCGAAGACGAGGCAAGGUUUUUCUUCCAGCAACUCAUUUCAGGAGUUAGUUAUUGUCAUGCUAUGCAAGUAUGUCACCGAGAUUUGAAGCUCGAGAAUACGUUACUAGAUGGUAGCCCUGCCCCUCGUCUAAAGAUAUGUGAUUUUGGAUAUUCCAAGUCCUCGGUGUUACAUUCACAGCCAAAAUCAACUGUUGGAACCCCUGCUUAUAUUGCUCCAGAGGUUUUACUAAAGAAAGAAUAUGAUGGCAAGCUUGCAGAUGUUUGGUCUUGUGGGGUAACACUGUAUGUGAUGCUUGUUGGUGCAUACCCUUUUGAAGAUCCAGAUGAGCCUAAAAACUUCAAGAAAACAAUACAUAGAAUCUUGAAUGUUCAGUACGCUAUUCCAGAUUAUGUUCACAUAUCUCCUGAAUGUCAACAUCUGAUCUCCAGAAUAUUCGUUGCUGAUUCUGCAAAGAGGAUAUCAAUCCCUGAGAUAAGGAACCAUGAAUGGUUUCUCAAGAAUCUACCGGCAGAUAUCAUGAAUGAUAACGUGAUGAAUAGCCAGUUUGAUGAAUCAGACCAACCAGGUCAAAGCAUUGAAGAGAUCAUGCAGAUUGUUGCAGAAGCGACUGUUCCUCCUGCUGGCACUCAGAGUCUCAACCAUUAUCUCACAGGAAGCUUGGAUUUGGAGGAUGAUAUGGAUGAAGAUCUAGAGAGCGACUUGGAUGAUCUUGACAUCGAUAGUAGCGGAGAGAUUGUGUAUGCAAUGUGAUGUAAUCUCAAUGGUUUCUGAUACAAAAAAAAUGAACAAUAAGGUGUGUUGUUUGGUAUUGAUAUUUGAGUUCUCUUGAUAUUUCCCCAACUUUGUCAAUGGGCACAGUUUGUAACCGUUGUUGAUAUGCAAAAAAAAAAAGAUAUGGGCGCUAGUAGUGUACUGUUACUCUUUAUUGUAUGGUUUUCGCUUUUCUGUUA